AUGGCUUCCGAAGGAAGGCACGCAAAGGGCACUGCACCUUCAGGCGCUACAGAUGCUGUGCUCAAGCCAUCAGACCCUGUGCCCGAGAGUGCUGUUCCUGUCAAAGGCCUGGACUUCGAUGCCUUCGCUGAUCGCAAUAUCACCGUGGCAGAGCUGGUCGAGAAUUUGGCGAGUGUGGGGUUUCAGGCUACGUCAAUAGGACAGGCCGCCGAUAUAGUCAAUGGCAUGCGAACAUGGCGCGACCCAGAGACUGGCGAGAAGACCACCAUCUUCCUGGGUUACACUUCGAACCUGAUCUCUUCCGGCCUGAGAGAGACCCUGCGAUGGUUGGUGCAACAUAAGCACGUCUCUGCCAUUGUCACUACGGCCGGUGGCGUGGAAGAAGACUUCAUCAAAUGUCUUGGCGAAACGUAUCUCGGCUCUUUCGAUGCAGCAGGUGCAGCUCUCCGUGCGAAGGGAAUGAAUCGCAUUGGAAACCUUUUCGUGCCGAACGAUAAUUACUGCCGAUUCGAGGACUGGAUUGUACCAAUCUUCAAUAAGAUGCUCGAGGAGCAAGAGGCGUCGAGAAACGACGAGGAGCCGCUUUACUGGACACCCAGCAAGAUCAUUGCCCGGCUUGGUAAGGAGAUCAACGAUGAGAGCUCUGUGUAUUACUGGGCCUACAAGAAUGACAUCCCCGUCUUCUGCCCAGCCCUUACAGAUGGCAGCCUCGGCGACAUGCUGUACUUCCACACCUUCAAAUCGUCGCCACAACAGAUCCGUGUUGACAUUGUCGAGGACAUUCGCAAGAUCAACACCAUGGCUGUAAGAGCGAAGCGCACUGGCAUGAUCAUUCUUGGUGGAGGUAUUGUGAAACAUCACAUCGCCAACGCUAAUCUGAUGCGCAACGGGGCGGACAGUGCUGUCUAUAUCAAUACGGGUCAAGAGUUCGAUGGAUCUGAUGCAGGAGCCAGACCUGAUGAAGCUGUGAGCUGGGGCAAGAUCAAAGCGGACGCGCGAAGCGUGAAGGCAUGUAUCAAUGUCGCAAGUGAUCUUGUUGAGUCACUAACCGUGAUCCAGGUAUACGCCGAAGCAACGAUUGCCUUCCCGCUCAUCGUAGCGGCAUCGUUUGCGAAAGUGGAGAAGCCGAACGACAAGGCAACUUGA